AUGGGCGUCACCAAGACAACCCUCAAGGAGGGUAACAAGACCGAUUACCCCAAGAAAGAAGAUGAAGUUGAAAUCAUGUACCGGGGAUGUCUGUAUGACGAGUCGAAGUCUGCCGAGCACUACAUGGGAAAGCAGUUCGAUAGCUCUGCCGAUCGGGGACCGUUGAAGGUUGCAAUUGGUACUGGACGUGUCAUUCAAGGAUGGGAUGAGGGUGUCCCUCAGAUGAGUCUGGGAGAGAAGGCCGUCUUGACUAUCAGUGGGGAUUAUGCAUAUGGUCCUCGAGGAUUCCCGGGUCUGAUCCCCCCUAACGCUGCGCUUGUUUUCGAGGUGGAACUGAUUUCCAUCAACGGGAGGAAGGCUUAG